UAGUUGUGUUCUGGAUGUGGAUGAACGGAUUCAAUGAGAGGCGUCAAAAAAGUGACAUAAGUUUGUUUUCCUAACCAAAGUAAAAGAGUGUUUGAGUAUUGUGCUUUUUUGAAUAUGAGCUCAACAGCAAAAAUUGGUCACCUCGAGAAGGUACCAACGGAGAUCCAUUGCCCGGCGUGUAACGCUGUCGGUUUGAGUACAUUGCGGCUGGAAGCGUACACCUGCGUACAGAGAAUUAUUGGUGCUAUUAAUUUUUGUUUAUGUUGCACUCCAAUAAAAUGGGAAGGACGUUACGAUUACAAUCACUAUUGUUCAAAAUGUGGAUGUUAUAUUGGACGUAAUAUUCAAUUGAGUUGGUAUAAACGUAAAUUAUUCAAAGCCAGACAUUCAGACUUCAAAAGAGAUAACGAACAAUGGAAAAAUUACCAAAGACAAAAAAGUACCGAACAGAAUGUCAAUUAAUCGAAAAUAAAAAUGUCGCCGAAAAUGAUUUUUCAUAUUUAUAAUUUUUUUU